AUGGUUAGUGUGAAGGCGCAAAGAGUGAUGAAGAGAGAAUCUUUGGGUAAGUCUCAAAGAAACAUUCCAUUUGCAGAUGAUACCCUAUUCUUCUGUGAAGCAGAUCCUAGCCAGGUUCGAGUUUUGAAGGUACUCCUCCUUUGUUUCAAAGCAACAUCUGGGCUGAAAUUAAACUUGGAAAAAUCAGAGAUGGUGCCUAUUGGAGGAGUUCGAUGCAUCAGACAGUUGGCUAGUAUUUUGGGGUGUAAGAUUGCAGCAUUACCUAUGACUUACGGACUUCCACUACGAGCUGCCUCGAGAGCGGCUCCAUUAUUGGAUUUAGUGAUAGAGAAAGUGGAGCUUCAUCUAGUUGGUUGGAAGAGAAUGUACCUGUCCAAAGGUGGUAGGAUUACCCUGAUCAAGAACCUAAGAGUGGCACUCAGCCUGGAGAAACUUCAAAGGGACUUCUUUUGGGGAGGAGUGGGGGAAGAAUUCAAAUUUCACCUUGUUAAGUGGGAGAAGGCCCUAACCCAAGAACCACAUAUCCAGUACCCUUGGAAAAAGCUUUGUAGACAUAAGGCGCCACCAAAAGCGGCGUUUUUUGUAUGGACUGCUUCCUUGGAGAAGAUUCUCACAACUGAUAACUUGAGGAAACUUAGGAUGAUUAUUGCCCAUUGGUGUUGCAUGUGCAGGAAGGAGGGUGAAUCUGUGAACCAUCUCUUACUACACUAUGAGGUAGUGAGAGGGUUGUGGAAUGAAGUUCUUGGGAGAGUUGGCUUGGGUUAUGCCUGA